AUAUUCCCAGAGACUCGCGCACAAGUCAGGGGAAACACUUCUGUACAUAUGUAUACUCUAGCCAAUUUAGAGAUGCCAGUCAGGGGAGCAUUAUAGUGCAAAUAAAGGGGAAAGAGAGUCAGGGCGAGAAUCGACCACAAUUUUAAUGUUCACCUUUAUAAGAGCCGAAUCAAAGAGUCGACUCCUCAGUGAAUGACAUUCAGCUGCUUUUUUUUUUCUGAAAAUCAUUUUAAUUGUUAAAAUCAGUGAUGGAUAAUUCAUGCUUUCUAUCUAAACCAUUCAGGUAAAAGGGAGGAAAAAUAGCCAAACCAGCUUAUGUAAUGUUUGAGUGUUUAGAAAUUGUGUGAUUUAAACCGAUUAUUUUUUUGCAGUCUUCUCAUAGACACGCAUUCAGAAAGAUCAAACAAUUUGUUCAAUUUUUUCAACUAGUUGCGGUGUAAUGUGCAGUGCAAUAUACAGUGCAAACUUUGUUCAACUUUGCUGAUGAAAAAAACAACAAAUUUGUGUUUGCCAGAAGUGCAAAGCAUCCUGUGAUCUGGGGAUUGGUGUAGUUUUGGUUUGCAAACCAGUCGUUAAUCACAUGACUUUAUGAAGACGACUCUUUGGGGACGUUUCACACUCUCCAAAGCUUUAGUGUUUUUACUCUGCAUCACUGUGUGGACACAGAGGUUUAAAAAUGUCCAGGAAAAUGAAAGGGAGGAAAGCAUCAAGAGUGGAAUCGAUGACCUUGGAAGAGAGCAUCCUGAAGAAUUGUCAACAGAUAUACACGGAUUCAGACAACGGAUUAAUAGCAAUAGCUCAGUCUGUUGGCAUGACUCUGAUGCCUCCCAGGAAGAAGAUCACCGUGAUGUUGAUUGGGAACCACUCAGCUGGAAAACGCUCCUUCAUCAACUGGUACAUAGAAGACCAAAUCCUCUUCAAGGCGCAGGCCUUCACUUUUGUGACUAGCGGGUGUGAGAGAAAGUCUCUUACGAGCAAUGAAACUUUCCAGAUGUAUCCACACUUUAAGCCACUUCAGGAGGUUAAAGGUGUGUCUGAAUAUGUUGGCACUGAGAUCUGCACUUCUCAGCAGAAGCAUUUCAGUUUGGUGACUUUUGUGAACACUCCAGGACUGGUGGAUGGAGAUAUGAAGUAUCCCUUUGAUGUGGACCAGGCCAUCCUUCAGCUAGGUGAUGUGUGCGAUUUGAUCCUGGUCUUCUUCGACCCCAUGGGACAGGCUCUGUGCAAACGCACGCUUAACAUCGUGGAGCAACUCAACGAAAAGCAGGGAGAUCGACUCCGCUUUUACCUCAGCAAAGCUGACGAAGCUGGAGGAGAGUCAGACAGAAAGAGAGUGAUGAUGCAGAUUGUGCAGGAGUUGUGUAAACGUCCAGGUCUUAACAAAUGUGGCUUUGACAUGCCUACAAUCUACAUCCCCAAUCCCAACAAGCCUAGUCUAUGUGUCAAUCAGAUUGAGGAGGUGUGUCACACCAUACAGGAGGCCAUCAAACAGACUGUACAGAACACACGGAAUACGCUGAUGGAGGAUUGUGAUCUCGUCUGUGAGGCUGUUAUUGAUACGCUCAACAAUGACCAGCAGUAUUUCCAGGAGAAAAGGAAAGCCUGGCGUUUGAGCUGCUCCCUGGGCCUGCUGGGCUUCAGCAUACACAUGCUCUUUAUCUUGAUGCUGGGAAUCCUUUACAGGGACCUGCUGGAACAGGCACUGGGUAUUUAUGGUGUAGAGACACUGUUGAUCUAUCUGGCUCCAGUGAUUAUGGUGCUUGAUUUGAUGCCAGUGCAAUUUCAGCUCAUUACAUGUGGUUUCUUGAUGCAACUCUCUGUAAUUUUCAACAUCCUAGCUUUCCUCCUUUUUCAAACUAAGCCGACUCUGUCCAGAAAACAAAAGAGAGAGUUGCAGGAAAAACUGGAAUAUGUGCAGCAGGUCGUGAAAACUAAAAAGGAACUAACUCCAGGGUUUGGAGUCCUAUCUCCACCACCAUCAGCUCUUUCUCUGCCUCCAGGUGUAGGCACGCUGUUUUCCAUGCCCCCUCCUGCACCAAAGGCUGAAAAAGUUAAGUGCAGAAAGUUCCAGCCGCAGCCCAACUUUGAUGAUGAGCCUCUGUUAGAGAGUCAUCGUAAGACACCCAAGGUGCCUCUGAAGGAUAUGAUAACAGAGAAGAAAGACACCACACUGCUGCAGAAAGAUACCACACCUUGUAAGACUUGACAAGUUCUCCAUAAUGGUGACCAGCGCAGCGGCAUGAAACUUGAACUGAAUUUUGACCUUCAAAUAUGUUCAUAUAAACAAUGUUUUCAAUGUGUUCUAAUAACAAUCUUGUAUAAAAUAGAAACAGCUUUUAACACAAGUGCAGCCAUACUUAUAGUUUACAUGUCAGUCUCAGAUUUAAGCCCUAUCGAAAUGAUUGGAAUUGACACACAUAAAUCCACACUAUAUACAGUAUAAUGCUAAAGAUGUUGUAUAUGAAAUUAAAAAAACAUCAAUUUCUGACAUUCAAACCAGCAAAAUGGGUUACAUAUAAAUACCAGGAAAUAAAAACUGAAAUUCUAAACUUUCUCCUUAUGUCCAUCUUUUCAUCUCAAACACAAAUGUCUUCACUCUAAAGAGAAAAAGAUUUUGUUGUUCCAAUAUUUAUGAGAGGAAUGUAU